AUGCAUGUCUACGGAUGCGUGGUGGUCACGGCAGCGCAUCUGUUUGACGAACGCUCGUCGAAUGCGUCUUCCUCGAGCGAAGCUGCGAGCGUUGCGGGGACGGAAACUGUCUCUGCGCCGCUGCCUCGUCCUCGCGAAGCUCCUCACUUGUCGAAUGUCUCGCCUCCCCCGAAACCUGGAGACGGCAAGGAAGAGGAAGUUGUGUAUGUGGUGAAGAUGAACGACGGCCAGCUUUUGUGGGGCGAUUUCAGAGGCAAAGACACUCGAUCCGACGUGGCAGUGUUGCGCCUCCGCGCCCCGCACGGCGACCGGCCUCUCUGCCUCCCCUCGGUUUCUCUGCACAGCCCCGUCCGUGAUCGGCGCCGAGGCGAAAAGACCGAGAGUCCGUAUCGGCCGCGAUUGGGUGAAUUCGUCGUGGCGGUUGGAACGACUUACUACGGGGACGAACCUGUGGGAGCGUGCGGCAUCGUCAGUCAGCCGUGUCAGUCGUUUUCCGCCUUGAAUGCCGGCACCAACGUGGGCUUUAUCCAACUCGGCGUCAUCACGCUUCCCGGCAUGUCGGGAUCUCUCGUGGCAAACAUGCGUGGAGAAGUCGUAGGCAUGGUGGUCAAGAAAUUCCAAGACUACGGGUUGGCGCUUCCGAUCCACUUUGUCACCGCGGUGUGCGAUCAACUGGACGCAACAGGACACUACCAGGCACCCUCGCUAGGUCUGGUGUUUCAGCAGCCGGCGAGCCUGGCUGACGUCGCCGCCUUCGCGUCCAGCGAGGACACGCCUUGUAUAGCCCCACGCGAACAACACCUGCGCGUCGACUCGGUUGUGCCUGGUAGUCCUGCUGAGAAGGCGGGCAUCCAGAAACGAGACGUCGUCGUUGCAGCGGACGGUUCGGCAGUUUGCAACUUACAUGCACUCUUCGAUUUCAUUUUGAGUCGCGCGCCAGGCGAAGCGGUUGUGUUGGACGUGCUGAGAGCAAACAUAAAGCGCACGUGCAAGGUGAUUCUUUCGCCGCCGGCAGGUCCGGCGGGGCCACCCGGGUGA